GCAUACCCCUAUAAAAUCAAAGAAAGAGUGGCACACACGCCAAAGGCACGCACGCCCAAUCAACAAGACAUGAAUAAACAAGUACAAGCACAAGGGAAUAAAUGUACAUCACAAAGAAACGUGAUUGUCACCAUCGCCAAGGCCCAUCCUCGUCUUCAUGCGUCGUCAUCCGCAAAGGAACAUCAAAAGGUAGGUCCGUCGUCAUCAAACUCCGAAGGUAGGCACCACCGGGUUGAGAGCUGAAGGCCUGUCCUCAUCAACAUGCAUCAAUCCCCAAAAUAUCCUCCGAAGGUAUGGAAUCCUUCAUCAUUGGAACAAUCAAGCAUCCGUGGUCAUGAGAGCUUUGCUGAUCGUCAAGAUACCAAAACGGGAGGGUCACAAGCGUUAAUGCCUGCCACUGCAUCAACAUAUCCCUCAGCAUUGCUAGGAUCCUCAAGUUCACCCCCAAUUUUGAAAUAUCGUGCCCAUAAUCCAAGGGGCCACCAUUGCCAAAACGCCAGAGGAAGCCUCAGCCGUACAACAACGGCAUGACGUAUGGUACUAGUAUCCCACAAUAGACCGGGUAUGAGAUCACAAAGGUCAUGCCAAAAACUUGCCCAACAAAGAAAAUCAAGGUCAAAGAAGAGAAGGUGGGAGCAGCCAUUCAUAUGUCCUCCUCCUCCCCAAAAGGUCACAGCGUAACCGGGGUGGUGAAGUCCUGAAGCCACUUCCACAGAUGCGCCACAUGAAACUGCCUCAGCCCCUGCCCAAAUCAGCAACUUAUAUGGUUAAAACAUAUUUCAAUCACCAGGGGGUUACAUCGAAUCCAUCCCUUUUAAUGGUGUUGAAG